AUGUCUCUGCUGUUCUUGUGGUCUCUAUCUUCCUCCCUCACAGUCAGCCCGUCCUCCACCCUAGCCACAGACUCAGAGUGUGCUCUGCUGAGUGGCUUUGAUCCUGGGUUCGUGGCUGAUGGUGACUUUGUCAUUGGGGGUAUUUUCCCCCUGCACUACAACCAGGAGAUGCCAGACGUCAACUACACCUACCAACCAACAGCAGUCAAGUGCAAUGGGUUUGACCCGAGGGCUUUCCGCUGGGCUCAGACCAUGAGGCUGGCGGUGGAGGAGAUCAACCAGAGUGUGCAGCUGCUGCCCAACCACAUGCUUGGCUACAAGAUCUUUGACUCAUGUGCCUAUCCUCUGACAGGGCAGAGGGCUGCUCUGGCAAUGUUGAACGGACYGGGCCAGGCUCACAUGUGUUCUGGUGCCUCUCCUCUUCUGGCUGUUAUCGGAGAAUCCGGUUCUGCGCAGUCUAUUGUCGUAUCCAGAAUCCUGCAGCCCUUUAAAAUACCCAUGAUCAGCUACUUCUCGUCGUGCGCGUGCCUCGGUGACAGGAGGAAGUACCCCACCUUCUUCAGAGUAAUCCCCAACGAUGACUACCAGGUGAAGGCUAUGGCUCAGCUGCUGGUGCGGUAUGACUGGCGCUGGGUGGGGGUGGUGCGUGGGGACCAUGAAUAUGGGCACUUCGCCCUACAAGGGCUGCUGAGUGAGCUAAAGGGGACGGGUGUGUGUGUGGCCUACCAGGAGAUGAUCCCUCUGCUCUACAAUCAGCAGAGGGCCCUGGAGAUCAUAGAGGUCAUGCGUAGCUCCACAGCCAGGGUAGUGGUGGUGUUCUCUGCCGAGGGGGAAAUGACCCCCUUCCUGAAGGACUACAUGGCACAGAACAUCACAGGCAUCCAGUGGGUGGCCAGUGAGGCCUGGGUCACUGCCUCUCUCUUCACCACCAGUGAAUACUUCCCCUACCUGGGGGGCACCAUCGGCUUUGGGAUCAGGCAGGGAAAUAUCCCAGGGCUCAGGGACUACCUGCAGACGGUGAACCCCCGCAGCCCCCUGAUGCCCCCCUGCUCAGGGCAGGAGACUCUUCUGGAGCAGCACUCAGCCUACAUGAACACCUCCAGCCCCAGAGUGGCCUAUAAUGUGUACAAGGCUGUGUACGCCAUCGCUCACUCACUGCACAACCUCCUCCACUGCCAGGCUGGGGCAGGACCCUUCCACAACCACUCCUGCGCUCACAGCACCAACGUUCACCCCUGGCAGCUCCAGCAAUAUCUCCAGGACGUGUCCUUCAACGUAUCUGGAGAAAAUAUGAACUUUGACCAGAAAGGGGACGCCAUCCCAUCCUAUGACCUCAUCAACUGGCAGAGGGGGCCAAACGGAGGUCCCCGCUUUGUCACAGUGGGGCUGUAUGAUGGCUCAAAGGACUCUGGGAAGGAGCUGGCAAUCCAGCAAGAGAAGAUACUGGUGGUCUCCGUGUGCAGUGCCAGCUGUGCUCCAGGAUCCAGGAAGGCUGUCCGUCGUGGGGAACCUCUGUGCUGCUUUGACUGUGUACCAUGUGACAGCGGCAAGAUUAGUUAUCAGACAGAUUCUAUAGACUGCACAGAAUGUCCCGAGGACUWCUGGUCAAACGCUGAUGGAACAAUGUGCAUCCCCAAAGUGGUGGAGUUCCUUUCCCAUGAUGCAAUGGGGAUAGCCCUGACGGUGAUCGCUGUAGUGGGCGCCUGUCUGACCGUGUUCGUCCUGGCAGUCUUCCUCCAUCACAGGACCACUCCCAUCGUCCGCGUCAACAACUCUGAGCUGAGUUUCUUUAUCCUUCUCUCCCUGAUUCUGUGCUUCCUGUGUGCACUGAUGUUCAUCGGGGAGCCCACCUCCUGGUCCUGCAUGCUGCGCCACACUGCCUUCAGCAUCACCUUCUCCCUCUGCAUCUCCUGCAUCCUGGGCAAAACUCUGGUGGUCCUGGCAGCCUUCACUGCCGCCAGGCCUGGGAACAACAUUAUGAAGUGGCUGGGGCCCAAACAGCAGAGGGUCAUCAUAUUCUCCUGCACCCUGGUUCAGGUGCUGAUCUGUGCUGCCUGGCUCAUGGCUGCCCCKCCCUACCCAUCCAGAAAUAUCCAGGACCAACGCUCUAAAAUCAUUCUGGAGUGCAGUGUGGGCUCCCAACUGGCCUUCUGGUGCGUUCUGGGAUACAUCGGCCUCCUGGCCUGUCUGUGCUUCAUCCUGGCAUUUCUGGCCCGGAAACUGCCAGGCAACUUUAAUGAGGCCAAGUUCAUCACYUUCAGCAUGCUGAUCUUCUGUGCCGUGUGGAUCUCCUUCAUCCCUGCCUACGUCAGCUCUCCUGGGAAGUACACAGUAGCUGUAGAGAUCUUUGCCAUCCUGGCCUCCAGCUUUGGGCUGCUGUUCUGUCUGUUUGCUCCAAARUGUUACAUCAUCCUCCUGAAGCCAGAGAAGAACACUAAACAACAUCUCAUGGGAAAUAAAAAGUAG